AUGGGCCGAGCGACAACCCCGGCGAAACGCAAAAUGGAUGACAUGGAUGACGAGCCCCAGGUCAAUGGAGAGCGGCCCGCGAAGACCUCCAAGAAACAAGUUGCACCAGCCAAGGGUCCUAUCCGGCGACGCUAUCCUGCGCCCCCAAUUUGGGCUCAAAGUGCGCGGUCACUGGGCGAGCGGUUGCCCAACAAGCCCAACUUUGUGUUGCAAAAGCGCGCGCACGCGCAUGUCAACGGGGCCAAACCUGUGGUCGCUCAACCUCCUCCACAGCGAGACGUACCACGCGACCUACCACGCGAAUCCGCUCCGCCACUAGCCCAUCCAGCACAGGACUUGCUGGGCGACUGGGAACCAACCAUCACGAAUCUGGGUCCGCCCGAAGACAUUCCUCGAGUGAUGGCUGAUUUUCUGUUCUUCAACAUCAUCAAAAACCCUUCGGCUCACGAAAUAGAGUCCAGGGGUAUCAAGUUCGAAGUCGAAGCCAAGCUCGGGACGCUUAUAGACCGGGACACCAACGACCAGCGCGUGGAGCGGGGCCUGCUAUCCGAAGCCAUUCUCGCAGACCCGUCUCGCGUCGCCUUUAAGAGUAGGAUGACAGAAUCGGCGCACAAGUCUUUCAAUGAAUUCCUGAACGCCACGGUCAAGGAGACACACGAGCAGCAAGCAGCCGGCACCAGGCGGGUACCGUUGCGAUAUCGGCAUCGGUACGAAAUCGAUCAAUUCAUCGACAUGACGCCCGACAUGUUUGAUCGGUUGCCCGAAUGCAUGAACACCGCUCCUCAACCUGGGCAGGGCAGGCGACGUCCUCGCGUCAGGGUCAGUCGGAAUCAGCAAACUGGUCAGGUCAUUGCCCAGAUCGUCAAGGCGCGCGUGGCGGAUCUCGACUUCCAUAUCCCAUGGGGGCCUAUGGACUGCCGCAUCUCCAUUAACCUCGAGAUGGACUGGGAUGGUCCGUUGGAGCAACUAGAGGAUGCGCUCGCGCGGCAGAAUGACCGACAACCAGAUCGCAGGAAGGACCGCCUCAGCUACACACAGGGCCCCUAUCAGAUUGACCUGACACAGGUCACGCAGGAGCAAAAGGACAGGGGUCAAAGUCGGUUCACCAAGGAGCAUGAGCUGGAGAUUGAAUUGGAUCCGGCCACGCUGAUAGAGCAGGGUCGCAUGGCUGAUGAAGGCCGAGACCAUCGGUACCUCGAGCUUGUAACUGGAUUCGUGGACAACAUCCGCCUACUUGCGAGGAAGGCAGAUGAAAUAGGGGAUGUGUCUGGGAAAGGAUCUCGAUAA